CUUGGUGUCUCUGUUUGCUCUCAUCUGGAUGCACUGCGGUGCGCAUGCGUUUGGGCUUGCCGACGGGAUUGUGGUGUAGGGGAUCGGGGACUAGGGAUGGGAGGGAUUGCUUUGCGGGUUCAGUUUCUGGCUUUGACUCGACGGGAGUUGGGUGAUUCGAUCUGCUCGGAUCUCAUUGAAGACUGAAAUAUGUUUGGGUGUGGUUUUGCUUCAGAUCUCCCAGGAGGAGGCUACGGUGAAAGUGGUGUUUUGUCCCUCUGCGCGUACUCUCUUGGUUGCGGUUAGUGGAAUUGAGGGAUGUGAUUGACGGCGGUUGUUCGAAGGUGGGCAUUCUGAAAGCAUCCGCGCAACAAAUAUGGGAAUUGAGGUGUAGCCCAGACCGUUGCAAAAUGUUCGUGCUUACCCAUGUCCGCGACUCUAAUAAACCACAAAACAAGUAAAUGGAGGUGUAAGCCCAGAUCGUUGCACAAUGUUUGAGCUUACCCAUGUCAACAACUCGGGAAAACCUCAGGAUCCAAAAUCUAAACAAGCUAUUGCAUCAAUGAAGAGCAAGAUUGAAAAGAUGAAGUCUACCAAGAGGGCAUCUCAACUUCCGAAUGAUCUUAAUAAUUUUGAAAUUAAUGAUGUAUAUGCAAUUGUGCUUGGAAAAGAGAGGCGCGGAGCGAUACGAGGAUUUGGCAUUGGAGUUAGACCAGACCAAGUUCCUGGUGUACGAAUGAAGACUGGUUCUCUUCAACCAUCGGUGAGCUAUAUUCAACCUUCAUUUGAGCAGAUUAUGAAUGACUUGGAUAAUGUUUACAUACCUUAAUGCUGUGAAGAGUUGCACCACCAAGUUGCCACAGAUUGAGGCACUUCAUACUUGACCUUUUGAUUAGUAUAAGUUUGUUGUUUUGAACUUAAUCUAUGAUCUCUCUACUAUACUAGUGUGUAGCUACCUGAUCAUGGGAUAAGUGCAGAGGCUUUUAGCGCUUCAGACAUAUUUAGGUUUUUGUUGAUAUAUGUGAAGUCUGACUUAGCGUUGUAUAUUGUAGUGUUCAACUACAAUUUGUACUCCAUCAUAGUUUUUGUAUAUCAGUUGGCUAUUAGCUUUGGUUUUAUGUAAUACAAAUGUACUUAUUAAUGUUGGAUUCUAAUAUAUUAAGUCCAUUAAGUUCUUUACAUUUGAAAAGUCAUGGCUCUACUGGGAUGAUCUUAAAACAUUGAUCUGUUGAAUGUGCAAGGUAGCCACGAACCAUUUUGAUCUGUACAGUAGAAGUUGAUUCAAUUUGCAAUAAAUAAUCAAAUUCAGAUUAUUAAAAAAUUAGCUUGUUUAUUGUUUUUAAUUUAUAAAAAUGAAUUAUACAGAAAAAAAA